AUGGCUUUGCGGAGGACGAGAAAAGUGAGCAAAAAUUCAGGCGAACACUCCGACGGGCAGUUGAACAAUGAUCACGAGCAGCUGAUACGCAAAAAAAGGGAGCUCUUUAUUCAACAUUUUGAGAAAGAAGCCCAGGAAAGGAUAAAUGAAAUGGAAGAGAAUCUCGAGAAGUUAUUGUCAACUGUCGACCGAGUGUUUAAAGUAAAGAGGAUGACCAUGCAUCAGUCACUCCAUACGACGUUGAUAAAAGAUCUUAUGAAUACAGACGAAGCUUCUGCUGGAGAGGUCACAAUUGCUAUCAAGACAAAGUCUCCUGAGAUGCCCGCGCCUCUUACACGGAAACCUAGCAAAAAGGGUUUGAGUAACUUGAUGCAUUCUGAACAACGCAACAAAAGGGUGUCCAGUAACAGCACUGGAAAUCUUAGGUGUGCAACAAGUGUCAGUACAAAAAGGAUUCAAGGUCGCGUGAUCAAACUGAGUGACCAAGCGCUGUCCUCUGGGUUUGAAUCCAGGUGUUUGAAGCGACACAUCAGUGAUAGCCUUCUUGAAUCAAAAGUGUUUGGAUCCAUGGCAUCUGCCACAAUAUCAACUUCUCUUGGAGAGACCCUGCUCAUCUCUGAAGAUAACAAAGAUGAAAUCAACAUUGAUCUCCUGGAUGAUUCAGCGCUUGUCCAAAUGCAGAAAAUCAAGGAAUUAAUGGAGUACCUUUGCAACAAAGUAAAGAUGAACCACACUCAUUAA